GUUUAAACGCUGGUUUGUAGUCCGCCAAUAAGCUGGAAACAAGGAGUGGAAGCGGGAACUCCAGCAGCCUCGAUUGGAUCCAUCUUCAUGCAGCGGAUUGAAAAAGUAAACUGAAAUUUACGGACACGAUCCAAAGCUUCACAGAUGGCCUGCGAGAAAGAAAUAUGGCAAAAGAUUGGAGAGAGCUUUGUCCAAGAAUAUUAUAACCAGUUUGACAAUACCAACAGGACAACUCUGGGUAACCUAUAUAGUGCUGAUGCCUGUUUGACGUGGGAGGGUUCAGUUUUUCCGGGGAAAGAAGCCAUUUCUGGCAAAUUAGCAAGUUUGCCAUUUAAGUCUAUUAAGCACAUUAUCACAGAACAAGACUUCCAACCCACUAUGGACAGUUCUAUCUUCAUCAUGGUGUUUGGACAGUUGAAGGUAGACGAUGAUCCGCCAAUGGCCUUUCAUCAGGUCUUUAUGCUGAAGAGCAUGCCACCCACAUGGGUCUGCACAAAUGACGUGUUCCGGUUGGGGAUACACAACAUACCAUCGUAGCGAUCGGAUUUUUAUUGGUUAACACACAUUGAAAUCCGGCACAGAAUUCAUACAAUGGUUAAGCUGUCAUUGAAAAUACAAGGGAUUAUAUGCAAUAGUUCCUCCGUGUUUAUAAUAAGCAUGCCAAUUGUAUUAAAUAUGUCAAAUUGCAUUCCUGUCC